CAUCAGCGGCAGCGGCGACAGCGGAUUCCGAGCACCGCAGCUUCGAGCCGCUCUCGCUUCUCCCCUCCCCGGCUCACCAUGUACUAUUGACCCUUCUGGCCUCGAUCCUCAGUCUUCUGCCCUCACCAAUUUUCCUUCCCUUUUGACAUCCCCGCCCUCGACCUCCCCCCGGUCCUCUUCCCACUGCCCCUCUUCACUCCCCUUUUGAAGGGAUUAAAAUACGGGCUCCUUCCUCUCACCCCAGUCCUCUCGAAUUACACUCACACACACAGACACGCACAGAUACACAAACACACAGAGACACACACAUACACACAGAGUUAGCAGCGCGACCAUGAGGCCCGGGAGGUUCUUCAGAAGAUGAUGAGGUCAUUUAAGAAGAUUCCUUCAAGCCCAGGGGGGGCAAGUAAAGGUGGUGGAGACGAACCCGGGAAGCUGCAGGAGCAGGAAGAAGAGGAAUCCCAGGUUUUGCACGGAACAGGCCACUGCAAAUGGUUCAAUGUGCGAAUGGGAUUUGGAUUCAUCUCCAUGAUAAACCGAGAAGGAAGCCCCUUGGAUGUUCCGGUCGACGUGUUUGUACACCAAAGCAAGCUAUAUAUGGAAGGAUUUAGAAGCCUAAAAGAAGGAGAACCAGUGGAAUUCACAUUUAAAAAAUCUUCCAAAGGCCUUGAAUCAAUACGGGUAACAGGCCCUGGAGGGAGCCCCUGUUUAGGAAGUGAAAGGAGACCCAAAGGGAAGACACUGCAGAAAAGAAAACCAAAAGGAGAUAGAGAUAUAAUUUUUCCUCUGAGGACUGAUUUAGCUGUACCCCCAAAAUUUUGGCCAAGACACAGUUCUGAUGCACAAUUAGACUUGACUACAAUGGGAAGGAAUUACAGAUGCUACAAUUGUGGUGGCCUUGAUCAUCAUGCUAAGGAAUGUAGUCUACCUCCUCAGCCAAAGAAGUGCCAUUACUGUCAGAGUAUCAUGCACAUGGUGGCUAAUUGCCCCCAUAAAACUGUUCCACAGCAGCCCACUAGUUUUCAGGGAAGACAUGAAGCAGAACCACAGCCAUCCACUUCGACUUUUCCCCGAGAAGUGGGAGGAGCCUAUGGCUACUCAUCUCCAUCGUAUUCUCAGGAGGGCAGAUCCGAAAUCUCAGAACGGUCAGGCAGGUCACCUCAAGAAACUUCCUCGAGUAAGCUGUCCACCUCACCUGAAGAACAAAGCAGAAAGGGGCCUUCUGUUCAAAAAAGGAAAAAAACUUAAAGCUUUUUUGUCACCAUUUUAUUUUUUUAUUUUUUUUUUUAUUUUUUUAUUUUUUUUACCCAGUUGGGAUGUCUACCUCAUGCAAGUACAGGGGAAGUAAUUUCACCAUCAGCAGCUGACCUGAAAUUUUGACUACUGUUGAGGAACUGUGAAAUUUUCUUUUAAACAGACAAAUCACUCUAAGCAAAUUAUAUUUAAGCAGGGUGUCACGUUUUAUGUUAUUGGAAGAAUGAGAGCGAAUAUGAGAACAUAUGUGUAUCUGCGUCUGCGUUUGCAUGUGUGAAAGGAAAGAAUAUGUAUCUGUGAUGAGUGUAGCUUUAUAUACAGGUAUGUAGACAUAUAUAUAAAGAAGAAUAUGUCUUUAUAUAUAUAUAUGUGUAUAUAGAUAUAAGCAUACACACACAACUGGAAAUGUCCAAGAGUUGAAUGUCCAUGUGAAGCAAUAUUCACAUUUUAGGAUGUUUUUGAAAAUUACCCCCUGGAAACUUUCUUGAAAUAACACAUUUUUAUUUAUAGCCACUUAUAAACAAGAAAAAUAUGACUGUUACUCUUUGUCUGAACCAAAUAAUACUUCACAUCUCAUAGCUGCCAGUCAUGUGGUACCAAGAGUAUUAAGACAUCCAUUUUCCCCAAAUUAGGGAUAAUUUUUUGGUUUUGCUUUCUUUUCUGAUGCUCAUAGAUAAGCAUUUCCUAUUAUCAUGUCUCAAAGGCAGUACCUUAAUGUUCAAUGCCUCUAACUGCCAUUGUUUUUUAUUUGUUCUGGAAUACAAGACUCCAGAAAAGACAAUGAAUGUGUAUUUUAUGUGCUGGUAUCUCAGUGUUACUUUAUAUGAAUACAGCAUAAUUGUGAAUUAGAUGCCUACUAGGAGGAACAAAGGGAAGGUAAUGUAAAAGUUGUUAUGACUUGAUCAUUUUGAAUGGUGGUGUGAUACCAUCCCACUGUGACCCUUUAUGUAUUAUCAGGUGGUUGAGGGUCUAUUGGGAAUAGCAGCUUUCCUGGUCAAGUUAAUAAUCCCUCUAACCAUUGUUUUAGAUCAAAGGGCCCUCCUUUUAAAAAACAAAACAAAAAACUACUGAAAAACUCUUAAUAGUUUGAUAUAUAUAUAUAUUUUUGGUGAUGGUUUUUUCCAGGAGAAUGCAGGAAUAAAUCUGUUUUUUAAAAAGAUCAAAUGAAAAAAAAAACAGCACAAAAAUGAAUAAACCAUGAUGAUAAAGGUUGAGAAUGAAAAUGAAGUGGGUACCAACAGUUAUCCAACCUGUAUUAGAAAAGAAUUAUAUUUUGGGGGAAAGAAAGUGCAGUAUUUAAUGGCGCACAACUUGAGUGAUGAAACUUAGGGCAGAGGUCUUUACACCUCAACUGCCUGAAAUCUAGGGGUAUAUUGUGUAUGUGUGUGUAUAUAAAUACACACACACACACACACACACACACACACACUCACACACUUGGCAUGAUGAAAUUGACCAUAUUACAAUUAAUUACUUUAUCACUGAUGCUGAAGUUAGCUCAUAGAGACUUUGAGCUCUGAAGUACAGUCCAGGAUGCAGCAUUGCAGGCUUUGCAUCAGUCAUCCCAGUAAAUAAUUCCUUUGUUAAACUGAUAAAAUGGUUGGGGAGAGGUGAGGAAAUGUGGGCUGCAUAGUAACCGUCAUGGUAUUGGUACCUUGAGAUUCAUACAGAAAAAAAUUACAGGACAUUCCUGUUCAAGUUGCUAUUCAUAAAUUUAUGAAACAUAUCCAAGAAAGUAUAAUUUAAUUAUAACACCUAACAUUGGCAAUAAUUGUUGGUUUGCAAGUGUCUGGUGGGUGUAAGCUCAGAUAAUCAAAAAAAAGAAAAGAAAAGAAAAGAAAGAAAUAAAAUAGCAUGAAUCAAAUUAGACAGUUUCCGUUAUAUAGUUUGUUGACCCUCCCCCACUUGUCCUGCUAUGGGAGACUUUUACAGUUGCUACUGCUUCAGUGAGCAGCAGAUAAGGAUAUAAUGCCUCAGGCUGUGGCACAAAUCCUUUACAAUUUAGCUUGAAUUCCAUGACAGUGUUUGUGAGAAUCUCCAUGGUUUAUACUGAUAUUCUCAGUGUGCUAUAAUGCAAAGCUUACCUUUGACGAUAUUGAAUGUGAUAUAUCUAUAGAGAAGUACUUCCUUGCCUUAUGUGAGGAUUGUAAGCUUAUUUAAAUUAUGUAGACAAAUCAAAGUGGCAUUGCUUAACCUUAUAGCAGGUAUUAUAACCAGGUUAAACAGUAUAAAGAUGCAAAACAUAGGUCACUUUGAAAAUUCAAACCAAAGUUUCUUGACCUUGUAGAAAUAGGAAAUUGUGCAUUUGAGAACUGGACAUUCCCUGUUUACAUAUUAAAAAAGUUCAGAGCUGAGAUCAUUUUAUGGAGUAAGAUAUUCAAAGUUAGGGUCAGAAUUUUAGACCUUACUGGCGCAGUUUAAAAUCAUUGUAAGCGUCAACCCAGACUGAACUACUAAGAGCACAUACCAAACCUAUCUUAUGGUUAAAAGUUUAGGGUUUAUUUUUUUAUAUAAGAAUAUUAUCACGAUUACAUAACAUACUCAGGACAAAGAACUUUACUCAGGGAAUAUACCAUAUAAUGUUGGGUUUUUUCUUUACAGAAUAGUCUAUGGGCCUGCUUAUUCAAAACAAACCAAAAAACUUAGACCUUUAUGUAAGUAUUAUGGACUGAUGUUAGUAACUACCUCUGAGUUUGACAUAGACCUAAGUUUUUGAUAAUCAGAUAUCAAUUUUUGUAUUUUUGUUUCAUGUGAAAACGAUAAAGUGGUAUUCCUGUACUGGUUGCUUAUGUGAAUAUCAGUGAUGUUAGUCACAGUGUAUUUGCAUAGGUGAAAAUGUUAUAUUCUGUUUACAGCAAAAGACUACCUCAUAGUUAAUGCAGAGCACACCUUUAUGCUGCUCCAGCCUUAAAGGUGGCUGUUGACCCUAUGGUACAUACUCUUUAAUAUCUGUAUAAUAUAUAGAAAUUCACCACUGCAUAUUUCUGACAAACACUUGGUGACAAUGAAGCAUCUGAUUUUAGUUGUGUGAAGUCUCCAGACAUUUCUUUUAAAGUUAUUGAUUUGGUCGAAAGGAUGAUUAUGGGCACUCUUCACAAAAGCCAAAUAGAACACUAAAGCAGCCUUGGAAAUAGCCUGAUUGCUGAGGGGUGAAUAAUCAUUUAUGCUAAUUUCAUUCAUAUUGCUACUGGUCAAAGCUACCAAAAGCCAAACAUUGCAGCUUGUGGCAUGUAACUAACUAGCACUGCAUUUUCAGGAGAUAUAAAAAGUGCAAUUCCAUACCUACCUACUAUAAUUGGCCUUUAAAAGGAAGAUGGAGUUGGAAUGUCCUACAGAAGAAAUGGCCGUUUACAUGAUCUAGAGUUUCUUGGUUCAAGAACAGGGCUAUGGUCUUGAGAAGAGAUUGUUCCUUGUCCUCCCAUGUACAUCAAAUGGAACACUUAAAGCAGUCUGUAUAUUUGAACAAUAAUAAAACCCGAGAAAGGUGUACUCCUAUCCUCCCAGACCUCACAAAGAUAUAAAUGGCUAAAUAUCAAGAUAACAUUUUCAUAACUGAAUUUAUGUCUUUACUAGAAGAAUUUGCUUGAUUCUUUUUGUAAUUGACAGAUGAAACCAAAAGAACAUUGGGCACCUGCACAUCACCCAGAGUAAUUUGAGUUGUGUUCUAUUUUUGAGUGCAAUUUAGGGAAAGAGAUCAAGGAAUGAGCCUUAUAGCUGACUGGCCUGAUAUGUAGUAGCUUCAAUCCUCCUUCAAACAGAGGAUAUUUUAAUUGCCAAUCUUUUUUCCUUUUUCCUAUUAUGGCUUAAGUUUAUUUUGCACCAGUGCUAUCCCCAAGUUACUUACUGCUAGUUGUAUUUAGUUUUGUGAAUAGAGACCCAUACGUGUUAAUAGACUUUGUAACAUUCACUGUAAGAUGAAUUAUAAAGGACAUGGGAAAUCUCAUUAAGUCUUAAAAUUAAUUUAAAUUAAUUUAUCUGUUUUCUCUAAGAAAUGUUUAUCAUAAAAAUAUGUGUGUAUUUCCCCAUUGGUUAUAAAAAAAACUGGGAAAGUAUAUACAUGUGCAGAUGCACUGACUUUAAUUUUCUAGAUGUCUUAAUGAGAUUUAUUUGUUUUAGAGAACCCCUCAUGGAGAACAUCCAAUUCUCUCUUACACAUCUAUCAACAACCUCUUUGAAGAUGUGGUGGUUGUAUUAGCUGUGUCAAAAUUGUUGAGUUGUAGGAAGAGGUUGAUCUAUGAAUGUUUAGGGCUUUUUUCCAUUUUGUGCUUUAAAUGGAGCUGCAGAAUUUAAUAUUGUACCAGAAGAAAAGAGCUGAGCUAUGUCCUACACCUGUUGCUUAACAUUUCAGAGUUACCAGCUUUAAAAUAAUCGUGUUGGGCUACCUCUUGAACUCCUUUUUAGCAAUUAUUGGCAACCACCACCAGCCUGGCUUUAACUAGUAUGUGAUGCUUUAUGAUGACAACUGUAACCAUACUAGAGACCAAAGUGAACACUGAUUUCUAUUUGUCUUUAAUACUGUGUCUUAUCUAGUGUUUUUUAAAUUAUCCUAUGUAGUAUAUAGAUUACCUCAUUGUCCAUUUUGACUCAUGUUGUUUACAAGCUAAAAUAAAAAUCACUUGAAUUGUAUGUUUUUAAAAGGAGGAAAAGAGUUAGAUAUUUUGAAGGGCAUUUCAUCAGUUUAUGGUCAUCUUGCUAGACUAAAGCACUGAUUGCCUUUCUGCAUAUCAUGUAUUUUAUAUUCUCAUUUCAUGCCUAAUGUCUUAUUUCUGUCAAUCAUGGAUGUUAUGAGGUUUCAAAGAAGUACUUGAUUAAAAAUAAAACAUAUAACGUUGGCAUUU